UACGCUGGAGAAGGAAUUGUUGAGAACAGCUCUGAGAACAGAACUGCCGGAGUACGUUCCGUACAGGGAUAGAAGAAGUCGCCAAAGCGACCUGGAAGCCAUAGCCAUGUCUUGGAGGUGGCGUAGGCGCGAUCCCUAGUGGUCUCCUUGUCUUCUUCUUCUGUUUUUCUCUCUCUCUCUCUCUCUCUCUUUCUCUCUCUCUCUCUUUAUCUUUGCUUUCGUCUUCUACUCUUCCCUCCCUCUGUGUCUGUCUCUUCUUUCCCUGUUUUCCUCCCCCUGGGCUGCUGUUAGGGGGGGUGGGGGAGUGGGGGGGCGGGCAGGGAUAAGGUGGUUGUGCGUCUGUCAUGGCGCCUCGACAGAGACAAGCAGCGCGGAAGAAGCAAGGUCGGCCACCCCUCGCUGACGUCAGCGCUAAUUCAACAGCACCGGCCGAUCGGCAACCUCUCGCUGACGUCAACGUUAAUACCGCAGCGGCGGCAGCAAAAGCGGUGGAACAUGCGAGAACAGUGGAGUCGGCAGAAAAGUAUUUUGAUGAAGCAGUGGAGGAAGAGGUGGAGAAAUUGAUAUCUGCGAAGGAGAAACUUUUUGCCAAUUCGAAGAUGGCGUUGCGAGCGAGGCUGCUGGCGCUUCCAAACCGUUUGAAAAAGAUAUCAGCCGCAGAGUUCCUUGCUGACUAUGGAGGAGACAUCAACGCUUUUCUUCUGUGUGAAAAGCAAGGUGCACCUGCUCGUGAAGCGAAUUAUCAACCAUGCUUGAAACUAUUGGCUCCUUCGAAUCCUGCACCCUCAUGCUGUGCCUAAAUGCGAUUUCUUUCCAGAUAGCUAAUGAUGAGGGGGGGGGGUAAGAUGAUUCAGCCAUCGAUGUCGAAUAGCUAAUUGGUAUU